AUAUGGUCACACUGUUAUCAGCCCGCAAGCACGUUUCGCAUUUGUUUUGAUUCAAUACAAUUCAACAAACAUGGCAAAAACUAAGAAAAAUAUACGCGCCAAGGCUAAAGGAGCUGUGGGCGUGGCCAAACAGAAGGCACAGGAUGUGCAAGCGCAGCUAAACAAGUCGGAGCGCCAGGAGCGACUGCUGCACAAGACCCUCACGCCCAAGAAGACAACAACAAAGAAGGAAAAAUCGGCGCUCAAGCACAAGAAGCUAUUGCAGCGCUUCGCCGACUCUAGGAAGGAGCGCAAAAAGGACCAGUCCAGCAAGAAGGGCGAGAAGAAGAACGUCGUUGGUGACCUGAAGCCGCUGCGCGAUGCCCUGCCCUCGCUCUCGGAUCUCUACAAGCUGGUGAAGAGCAAGUCGAAGGAUGCACCAGAGCAGCAGUCGCUCACCGAGCCCGAGGAGCAGCUAAGCGUCAAGCAAAAGAUCAAAAAGAAGCGCACCGACAUGGUGAAUCGCGUAAAGUCCUACGAGAAGCUGCUUAAGGACAAGGACUUUAAGCAAAAUCCACGCGGCGUCAUCGCAUCCCUUGUGCGCAACAAGUACCAAACAAUGGAGGAAGCCGAAUAAUAGACUGGAAGGGAGGAGUACCCACCGGGAGUG